AUGGCCUUCAGCUUUGGGUUCUCGGGGGAGGAUAUCGACAUUGACGACUCGGAGAUCAAUAAAGAUUUCUCCGAUGUGCCCUCUCAGCAAAUCGUGGGCAAUUCUCUUCCUGAGCUUGUGAAAGCGAUUAAACAUGAUAUGAAUGAAUGGCUUGCAAUUCUCCCCUCUCAAAUCUUCUACAAUAAGCUCGCAAUCAGCGAUACGUCCCUGGCUGUCGCUCGUCGAGAGAUCUUUGACAUCCGCACCCAACUCAUGGCCGAAGACAGCGCAGGCCAUGAUAAUGAAGAGCUCAUUGCCGGUAUUGAAAAAGGCGACAUCACGCCCAAUUUCUAUGAAGGCGGCUUCAAAACCUGGGAAUGUGCCCUGGAUCUAGCUAAGCUCUCUGUCAAUGAGGACAUUCUUAGUGAAUCCUCCGAUAGCCCAGCAGACAUCCAUAUAAUUGAGCUUGGCGCAGGCACAGCAGUCCCAUCAUUGACACUGUUCGCCCGUCUUCUCAGCCAAUCUGAGCCCGGCCAGAGCCAAAGAAAGACCCUCUUUACUUUUGCGGACUAUAACUCGGACGUGCUCCGUCUUGUCACGCUCCCGAAUCUCCUUCUGACAUGGCACAAUAGCCGCUCCCAAACGGCUGUUUCGGCCGCGCCAACUGCGCGAGACCAAGACGAAGAGCUGGACAUCACGCCUGAGCUGGUUGAAGAAUUCAAGAAUGAUCUUGCUCAACGUGGGAUCUCGGUUGAUUUCGUUUCCGGCGCUUGGUCGCCCGAGUUUGUGGAUCUGGUCUUCUCGUCCGGUGAAGGCGCUCGCAAGACUCUGGUUCUUGCUAGUGAGACUAUUUAUUCACCUGCAUCACUGGUUGCAUUUUCAGAGACGCUUUUGGCGCUGUUGCGCCGCUCGAACACUGUAUCGGCGAGAAGUCGUGCUCUCGUCGCGGCGAAGAAGGUUUAUUUCGGAGUUGGCGGAGGCGUUGAUGAGUUCCUUGCUGUGCUGGGUAAUGUCUGUGCUAAUGAGCUGGACGUGCAACAGACAUUGAAUGUUCAAUCUGAGGGUGUGGGCCGAGUAGUUUUGGAGGUUGUGCCGUCAAACGGGCCCUAG